AACCACUUAGACAAACAACGAACAUGAACACUGGCCCUACAAAAGAGAUGGCCCAGCAACAGCCGCUGACUGUCAAGAAAAAGCCUCCUGGAAAGCAGCUCCAUUUCAGUGUAAGGCUGACAGAAGGGUCCUCCAGAUUCAGAGAUAUCGUGGUGAGGAAGCAAGAUGGCUUCACCCACAUCUUCUUAUCCACAAAGUCAUCAAAAAAUAACUCACUUAACCUGGAAGUGAUGAACGAAAUUCAGAAUGCUCUGAAUAAGGCUGCUGCUGAUGACAGCAAUCUGGUACUGCUUGGUGCCAUUGGCCAUGUCUUCUGUUCUGGCCUUGACUUUGAUUACUUUAAGCAGCGUCUCUUGGUGGACAAGAAAAGAGAAAGCAUCAAGAUGGCAGAAGCCAUCAAAAGCUUUGUGAAUAUUUUCAUUCAAUUUAAGAAGCCUCUUAUUGCAGCAGUCAACGGCCCAGCCAUCCGACUGGGAGCUUCUAUGUUGCCUCUUAGUGACGUGGUUUGGACUCAUGAAAAGGCUUGCUUUCAAACACCCUACAUCCACUUUGGCCAGAGUCCAGAUGGCUGUUCCAGCUUUACCUUUGCCAGGAUUAUGGGAGAAGCUUCUGCCUAUGAAAUGUUACUCAAUGGGCAGAAGCUGACAGCACAGGAGGCUUGUGAGAAGGGCCUGGUCUCCCAGGUAUUUUGGCCACAGACUUUCACCCAGGAAGUCAUGAUUCGAAUCAAGGAGCUCACCUCCUCUAAUGCACUUGUCUUGACAGAGUCAAAAGCCCUAGUGCGCUUGGACACCAAGUUCUAA